CGGAUCUCAGGGCCAGGGAGCGGGCAGAGGAGGAUCUCGUUGGGAUCCGAGGCGCCCCUGUUCCAGGCCAGAAAGGGAGGUGGGCUUGGCAGGCCUGAGCAUGAGAGGACAGGCUGGAUAUUCUUGUUGGCACAGAAGGUCAGCUCCUAACCCAGUGCACACACACGUCUAAGAUGUCUGCAGGCUGCUAGGACCCACCCACCUCCUUGUCAUGGACUGCCCAGGCUGACAGGUCCAUCCUUAUGGGCAUCUCCUGUUCUGAUCUGGAGGAGACCAUGUCCAAGCCCCCCGACUGCCUGCUGUGGGUGCUCAGGGCCACCCCCAGACAGCGGGUCUUCACCCUCUUCAUUAUCAGCUUCAAGUUCACGUUCUUGGUCUCCAUCCUGAUCUACUGGCACACUGUGGGUGCACCCAAGGACCAAAGACAACAGUAUAGCCUGCCAGUGGACUUUCCCUGCCCCCAGCUGACCUUUCCAAGAGUGUCUGCCCCAGGCAACAUCUUCUUCCUAGAGACAUCCGACAAGACCAGUCCCAGCUUUCUGUUUAUGUGUUCUGUGGAAUCAGCUGCCAGAGUACACCCCGAGUCCCAGGUGGUGGUGCUCAUGAAAGGGCUGCCUAGAGACACUGCAGCCCGACCCCGGAACCUUGGCAUCUCUCUUCUGAGCUGUUUUCCCAAUGUCCAGAUACAACCUCUGGACCUGCAAGAACUGUUUGAGGACACGCCACUGGCAGCCUGGUACUUGGAGGCACAGCACAGGUGGGAGCCCUAUCUGUUGCCAGUCCUGUCUGAUGCUUCCAGGAUCGCACUCCUCUGGAAGUUUGGCGGGAUCUACCUGGACACAGACUUCAUCGUCCUCAAGAAUCUUCGAAACCUGACCAACAUGUUGGGCAUCCAAUCUCGCUACGUCCUCAAUGGUGCCUUCCUAGCCUUCGAGCGCAAGCAUGAGUUCUUGGCGCUGUGCAUACGUGAUUUUGUGGCCCACUACAAUGGUUGGAUUUGGGGCCACCAGGGCCCCCAACUGCUAACCCGAGUCUUCAAGAAGUGGUGUUCCAUCGACAGUCUGAAAGAGAGCCACGCUUGCCGUGGGGUCACUGCCCUGCCCCCCGAGGCCUUCUACCCCAUCCCCUGGCAGAACUGGAAGAAAUACUUUGAAGAUAUCAGCCCCGAGGAGCUGGUCCAGCUGCUCAAUGCCACCUAUGCUGUUCAUGUGUGGAACAAGAAAAGUCAGGGUACACACCUAGAGGCCACGUCCAGGGCUCUGCUGGCCCAGCUACAUGCCCGCUAUUGCCCUACGACACAUAGAGCCAUGAAGAUGUACUUGUGACGGCCCUCCAGGCUGAGGUCAUAUCAUAUCAACGUUGUUACUCCCUUUCCAGGGAGGCUAGAGAAGCAGACAGGAAAGGGGGCUCUGAGAUGCUGCUGUUGACUUUAGAAGAGACCAAGCUGGCCUGGGGACCACACCUGCCCAUCCAGGCCAGAGGGAGACUGGUAGAUACACUUCGUCCAGUGUUCUAGGCUAACCAGUGAUUUCAGAAUUACUAGUAUCUGGGGCCUUAGUGGGCUAGAUCACAAGAACACUAAAGAACUUUCUAAGGUAGCUGGAAGACAGUUGGUCAGAGGCGGGGUCAGGAGCAGAGCUCUGAGAAGCCUGUGUAGAAAAGCGAAGGGAAAAGGAUCUGGCUCUCUCAGCCUCAUGAGCCCAGGGGGAGGGGCAGAGCUCCCUGGGAACACUGCAUUUCCUCCCCUGGGACACUGCUCUGAGGAUCUGUCACAGCCUGUUCCAGUGUUCAGGGAUGUGGAAAUUCUUUAGGCUACAAAAAAGGGUUCUGAGUCCCCUCCCUGUUAUAGACACUGGGGGCUAUAAUAAAAGUGACUCACCAACAUGUAAUAAA